CCGGAGAGUUAAGCGGUCGCGGUCGGGAGACUUUCACGAGAGUGGUUCAGGUACCCGGAUAUAAACUUCAUUAGCCUUUGUAAUGACUGCUCUUUGGGAAGAUAUUUUACAUAAUGAUCAGCUCAUUCAGUAUGUGGCCCCAAUUGCCAUGGAUGCAGCACUACUUGAAGGUGUUCUAAUGAGGACCAAAGAUGACCCCAAUGCAUCUGACGUUGUGAAUUAUGCUCCCUUUACACUGCUCCCAUCUGUAGUACCAAGCAGCCUCCUUGAGCAAGCCUAUUCAGUACAGCAAGAUUUUAAUCUGCUUGUGGAUGAAGUCAGCAAAAAUACGGAAUUCCUGGAGUCCACUCUUGCCAGUACUAUCAAAGUGGAUGACUUCACAGCUCAGCUUUUUAAAAUCUACAGGCAAGUGCUGAAAGAAGGAGUUACUCAGUCGGUGGUUUUAGGAAUCAAUCGCUCUGACUACAUGUUUGAUCAUGGCAUAAAGAGCACUCCAACUUUAAAGCAAGUAGAAAUCAAUACCAUUGCUGCCAGUUUUGGAGGACUUGCAUCACGGACUGCUGCAGUACAUCGUCACGUGUUGAAUGUUUUGGGGAAGUCCAAGGAAGCUUCUAAACUACUGACAAAUAAUCCAUCCAAAGGGAUCUCCAUGGGCAUUGCAAAAGCUUGGGAACUCUAUGGUUCAGACAGGGCAGUGGUAAUGUUCUUGGUUGAAGAAACUCAGAGGAAUAUUUUUGACCAACGCUGUGUAGAAAAUGAGCUUUGGAAGAGGAACAUCCGGGUAAUCCGGCGGAGGUUUAAAGAUGUGUUUGAAGAGGCUUCUUUGGAUAAUGACAAGAGGUUACAUAUAGAUGGAGAAGAAGUUGCAGUGGUAUACUAUAGAGAAGGUUACGUGCCAAAGAGCUAUAAUAAACAGAACUGGGAAGCACGGUUGUUGCUGGAAAGGUCCAGAGCAGUGAAGUGCCCUGAUAUUGCCACACAGCUUGCUGGGACCAAAAAAGUUCAGCAGGAGCUGAGCCGACCAGGAACACUAGAAAGGCUAUUGCCCAAUAAACCUGAAGCAGUAGCUCAAAUAAGAGCAACAUUCACUGGCCUGUACUCUCUGGAAAUGGAUGAAGAAGGUGAUAAGAUGGUUGCCAUGGCCAUAGCUGAUCCAGAGCGGUUUGUUUUAAAACCUCAGCGGGAGGGAGGAGGGAACAACCUGUAUGGUGCUGAGCUCAAGCAAGUCCUAGAGAAGAUUAAAGACAGUCCUGAGAGGACCUCUUACAUUCUCAUGGACAAGAUAAAGCCUCUUCCUGCACUGAAUUAUUUGCUGAGAGCUCACAGUCCACUGAAAAUAUCAGAAUGUGUGUCUGAACUGGGCAUAUUUGGUGUCUACGUCCGGAAAGAUCAGGAUCUCAUAAUGAACAAACAUGUUGGGCAUCUCUUGCGAACAAAAGCUGUAGAACAUGCAGAUGGUGGAGUAGCAGCUGGAGUAGCUGUUCUAGAUACUCCCUAUGUGGUAUGAAAGUGCAGUACCUCCUCAUCAGCCAUCUUCACUGUGCUUGAAUUGAGACCGGUUUCUUUUGAGGACAUGAUUGCCAAAUGGUGAAUAAUCAGAUCUAAACUUAGAAGCUUUUCCUCUCUGUCUUAAUCCUAAGGCAAAAAGGUACCACAGAUGAACUGAUUUUUGAGUAACUGUUUCUUCUAUAUUCAACAGUUCUGACAUCCAUUUGACCUUUGGUGAUAACUGCUUCCCACUUGGUGUACCUCAUGGGCAUCUAAUAAUUGUUUUGGUUCUGUGACGGACAAGCUGAUGUUCUGAUUAGAUAUUACUUGGAUAAGACUGCACGAGUUGUUAACUACAAAUGCCCUCUUCAUCAAGUACCUGCUAACAGGAGCGUACAUUUGAUUUGAUAACUAACUUUCUAUAUUUACAUCCUAUGUGGAGGCAGUGGAGAUUUUCAUGGAUGAAAUAGAUUGCUUCAUGUUGUACUACUACUUGUUCUCACAGGUUGGUCUCUCCUGUUGAAGACCAACAUGUCACUACAGUGUAACUUAACAAUACAUUUUCCAGUCAGCUCCCCUUAGUCCUCUGCAGAUUAAAGAAAUAGUAUAUACCUGGGUCUUAGUCAUCAUAAAGAACAUGGAAAACCUGGGCAGUUUUGCUUUUAAUAUUUUGGUAUUAUUUUGCAAUAAAACAUUGUGAACUUUAGAGAAAGAAGGUUUAAAAUUGAAAAUGACUCUUUAAGGCAGCCCUCAUAGAUAAUGGGAACAACCAGUGUCUUUAGCUGAACAAGGCUCCAAGACUCUUAGUUGUAGUUCACAUUGAAAGUAGUAGCUGAAAAUUCAUGUCUGUCAUUUUCCUGUGCCAUUUUGAUGAGUGAAUAAUUAGUAACCAAAGAUAUCUUUACUGCUUUGUUUUCAAAUAAUCAUGAAAAAUAGACGUGUACUCAAGUCCAGAUUUAUAUAACAUAUAUAAAGCAUUCAGUCUUGUUUUGAAAGAAUCCAUUUUUUAAAUUAAAUUUCCAGAAACUUUAAAAA